AUGAUAAAGAGAUCGCCCACAUAUUCAGAGAAGAAGCGGAAUUCCAACAUAUGGAAUCGGUCCAAGUCCAAGAGACACUCCAUGCUGGUUCCGGAUCAAUUCUCGGCGGACAUGUUAAAACUCCAGGAAAACGCGGAGACCGUGUCAGAAAUUGGCCCUGAUUCAGUCCAGCAAGGCAACGCUGGUCGCAAAGGAUUUGAUGAACAAAUACGGGAAAUUGGUGAGGAUGAAGGGGAUAGUUUGACAUUGAGGAGCGCGGACCAAUUUGAAGACUCUUCGGAAAUGCUUAAUUCAGCCUUCAACGAUUAUCAAUUGGCACUGCAGGCCCUUUCUAUUGACUCGUCAUCAAGAAAUAUUCAAGAACAAAGCGAAGCCGACACAGCAACAACAAAUACAAUCCCCGCUCCUGCAUCCACCGACAUUGAAACCAAAUCCAGAGAGCAAUGCAAAACUAAGGCCGUCACGAUCUCCUCAGCACCAAUACACGAUGCGAAAACCAUGACGAUACCCAGAAUACCGACCUACGAUGCUCCAAUUCUGGAAGUAAGGACAAUAUCCAAGUUUGUUUUCGUUGGAUACAAGGAGUCCUCAAGCAACGAAUUGGACGCGACAGAUAACCAUCGCGACAGCUAUUUUGCGGAUAAUGGCUUUUUUGACGAUACGAGACUAAUUUUUGAAGAGAGUGAGGAUGAUGAGAAGAUUAAAAGGACUUCGUUCACAUUAUGA